CCGGGCUGUAAUUUGUAGCACCCUAUGGGUGAAUAUUAAACCUCAGUUUGUUGAUCAACACUUUCUAAAAUGGAGCGAACAUUUUCAGAAUUUUGAGUGAUUGUCACAAGCGAUGGCUGAAAGCUCCUUCAGUGACCUCAGUUUUGACCAGUCCCAGGAGGAUGUUAAGAUAGAGACCAGUCCCACUGUUGGUCAGCACUUCACCUUCUCCAGGACCAGCAGCACUGGUUCUAUACCCACAGGAUGUGCAUCAUCAGCCUCAUCAGCACAUAACUCGGAUGAUGAGGACAGUGAUGGAAACAAACCAGCCCUGAGUUACAAGGACCGACGAAGGGAGGCCCAUACACAUGCUGAACAAAAGCGCAGGGACCAAAUCAAGAAAGGGUAUGAUGAGUUACAGAGUAUUGUCCCCACAUGUCAGCAGGCUGACACUAUUGGCUCCCAGAAACUCAGCAAAGCUACAGUCCUCCAACGAUCCAUCGACUACAUCCAGUUCCUGGCCAAUCAGAAGACAAAACAGGAGGAUGAGCUAGACUCUCUAAGGAAGGAGGUCAUGGCACUGAAAAUCAUGAAGGCGAACUACGAGCACAUAGUGAAAACUCACCAGAACACCCCAGUGCAUGGUCAGAACUUGGUGUCUGAUGAGGUCAAGUUCCAAGUGUUUCAAGGAAUCAUGGAUACCCUGUUCCAGUCCUUUAACGCGACCAUCUCUGUGGCUAACUUCGCUGAGUUGUCUGCAUGUGCCUUCAGCUGGCUGGAAGAAUACUGCAAACCUCAGUCGCUGAGAGAGGUUGUCCUGGGCAUCUUGAGGCAGCUGAAUAACCAAAUCAAUCAAUAACAAAUCACCAUUUAAAGAAAGGAGAGUUUCAUUACACUUUUAUAUCAUGGAAAGAGAUAUACAGUUGAAUUUGAUCACCUACUUGGUUGAGCUUUACAAGUCACAGAAAGUUGUUUCGACGACUACUCUCCCAUCUGACGCUGUCUGUAAUGAAGAACAGAAAAAGUGGAUCCGCAGAUUAAAUGAGCCUGGAUGCAAUUCUCUAACCUUUUCACCACUGUAAACCAUAAUAGACUUGUCCAUAUCAAUGCAUGGUAGUGUCUACUAUAGUUACAUAGGGAUGAAAGGGAUUAAUGUAUCUAAUCACCUGGUAUCACUAUGUACGGACAGACACUGUUGCUUUUGAAAAAUGAAUAUUAUUUGCUGGAUUUGUAUAAUAUCAUUAUACAUGUAAAUACAUAGUAUUACAUGAUAAUAUCUACAACUUGAACCCAUGGAUACAAUCAUUUUUAAUAUUGAGUAUGUGACAAAUAUUUUGUCUUAUAAUGCCAUACAAAUUGUGCAUGGGAAGGCAUUUGUUUUUGAAAGGUCAAUUUAGAUUGAUCGUGUGACUUUGUUUCAUUAAAACAGGUAUGCAAACAAAUCAAGUAAUACAGUUUCAAUUUAGUUAUAAAUAUAUUUUUAAAUCAUGGUGAAGGUGUCUGCUAAAUUAUUACAGAAAAAUAAAUCUGUAUAUUUUGCUACAUUCAUUAUAGAUAAAUACAUGAAUAUGUGUUUGUUGUACAUUAUCAUGGUGUCAAGUAUACCCAUACCACUAGUAAAAUUUGUGUACGUAUGAUUUAAAAUCUUUACCUACACGAUAAUAGCUUUAAUUACUUCUGAAAAGAAACCCAUACCUUGCCGAACUUGUAUGACAAAACAAUAAAAUUGAAAUAAAUGAAAAAUAUGUCAACAGCAGUAUUUGGAGAAUAAUAAAACAUAAUAGGGCAAGGCUUGGAUUUUAAACCUGGUCUCCAGUUACAAAUACAAUACAUGUGAACAUCCAAACUUAUCACCUUAAGGAUCCUGACCCAGCCUGACGNACAAGUG